AUGUCGAGAGCUCUUUGUCUCCGGCGCUCAAUCCACCACCUCCUCCACCGCCGUCCCUCUCAACCCAUUUGCACCGCCUUCCCGCCGACAAAGCCGCCGAUCCUUCCAAACCAUCACUACCCAUCAAACCAUAUUCGCACAUUCUCAACCUCCUCUCCCGCGCCGGCUUCGUCGGAAGCUGAGCUCCGGAGGUACCUCGGCUACACAGCUCUCGUGCUCUUUUGCGGAGCCGCCACUUACUUCUCAUUCCCCUUCUCGGAGAACGCCAAGCACAAGAAAGCCCAGCUCUUUAGGUACGCCCCAUUGCCCGAGGAUCUCCACACCGUUUCCAACUGGAGCGGCACGCACGAGGUCCAGACCCGGAACUUCCAUCAGCCCGAGACUUUGGAGGAAUUGGAGAAGCUGAUGAAGGAUGCCGACGAGAAGAAAGCCAGGAUCCGGCAGGUCGGGUCGGGCCUCUCGCCCAAUGGGAUUGGGCUGUCGCGUGCUGGGAUGGUGAACUUGGGUCUGAUGGAUAAAGUUCUGCAAGUGGAUAAGGAGAAGAAGACGGUGAGAGUUCAAGCUGGGAUAAGGGUUCAGCAGCUGGUUGAUGGUAUUAAAGAGUACGGCCUUACUUUGCAGAAUUUCGCAUCCAUUAGAGAACAACAGAUUGGUGGCAUUAUUCAGGUUGGUGCACACGGGACUGGUGCGAGGUUGCCACCUAUUGAUGAACAGGUCAUUAGUAUGAAAUUGGUUACUCCUGCCAAAGGCACAAUAGAGAUUUCCAAAGACAAAGAGCCGGAUUUGUUCUAUCUUGCUCGCUGUGGUCUUGGUGGCCUUGGAGUAGUUGCUGAAGUCACCUUACAGUGUGUUGAGCGUCAAGAGCUUGUCGAGCAUACUUAUGUCACAGACAUGAAAGAUUUGAAGAAAAACCACAAGAAACUACUCUCUGAGAAUAAGCAUGUCAAGUACUUGUACAUCCCAUAUACUGAUGCUGUUGUAGUUGUCACCUGUAACCCUAUUUCAAAGUGGCGGGGUCCCCCGAAAUUCACACCUAAGUAUACUAAAGACGAAGCAAUACAGCACGUCCGUGAUCUAUACAAGGAGUGCCUUCAAAAGUACAGAAAUGGGAAAAUCACGGCUAGUCUUGUUGAUGAGCUAUCGUUCACUGAAUUAAGAGACAAGUUGAUCAAUCUAGAUCCUCUAAAUAAAAACCACAUUGUCAUGAUUAAUCGUGCUGAGGCUGAGUUCUGGAGGAAGUCAGAAGGCUACAGGGUUGGGUGGAGUGAUGAAAUUUUGGGCUUUGAUUGUGGUGGGCAACAGUGGGUAUCAGAAACAUGCUUUCCUGCUGGUUCCCUUUCCAAGCCUAGCAUGAAAGAUCUUGAAUACAUUGAAGAUUUGAAGCAGCUCAUUGAGAAGAGACGGAUACCUGCACCUGCUCCCAUAGAGCAACGUUGGACAGCUCGUAGCAGGAGCCAUAUGAGCCCAGCCUCCAGCUCAACUGAGGAUGAAAUAUUUUCUUGGGUUGGCAUAAUCAUGUAUCUUCCUACAAUGGAUGGCCGCCAGAGAAAGGACAUUACAGAUGAGUUCUUCCAUUAUCGACGUUUGACUCAGACUGAGCUAUGGGAUAAAUAUUCUGCUUAUGAACAUUGGGCUAAGAUAGAGGUUCCGAGGGAUAAGGAAGAGCAAGCAGCAUUGCAAGCGAGGCUAAGAGAGCGCUUUCCUGUUGAUGCAUAUAAUACUGCCCGGAAGGAAUUGGACCCCAACAGGAUCUUUGCUAAUAAAAAGCUUGAGAAGUUGUUCCCACUAUCACAGGCUGCUUGA